AAGCGCAUGUGUACGAGACAGUAUCCAAAUCAAACACAAAUGUAAGAUCCAGCCUAGUCUGGAACAACACACAACUACAACCCCUAUAUCUCUGGCUGUUUGAGUUUGACAAGUACGACGUAUCCAAUUCAAGGCAAUGCGAUAUAAUGACCAUGUCAAUGGAAUCCGAGCUUAAACCCAUCAACCCCACUUCCCCAAAAUCCGAUGACCAGCCUCUCCUCAAACCCGACCCGUCUUCCCCGACCCGACCCGACAUCCGCGACCUCGAGACCAAGUGCGCCGCCUAUGUCCGUCACGACGUGUAUGGCACAAUGGGGCGGGGCCAGAUUCCCUGGUCGGAGAAAGUCUUGAUUGGGUUUGCUUUAAUUACGCUUUUGCCACUCAGAGUGGUGCUUUCUUUGAGUAUUCUGGUGGUUUAUUACUUGAUAUGUAGAGUUUGUACCAUGUUUUCGAAGCCCAGUGGUGAUGAUGAGCAAGAAGAUUAUGCGCAUAUGGGUGGGUGGAGACAGACUGUUGUGGUCAAGAGUGGCAUGUUUUUGUCUAGGGCUUUGCUCUUUGUUAUCGGCUUUUAUUGGAUUCCAGAGACUUCUACUCAAGAGGCAGAGCGCAGUGAUCAAUCUGAUGAAGCUAUAAGACCUGGUGCAAUUGUAUCUAAUCAUAUCUCUUAUUUAGACAUAUUAUACCAUAUGUCAGCUUCUUUUCCAAGCUUUGUUGCCAAGAGAUCAGUGGGUAAACUACCUCUUGUUGGCCUUAUCAGCAAAUGCCUUGGUUGUGUUUAUGUCCAACGGGAGUCAAAAUCGUCGGACUUUAAAGGCGUUUCAGGUGUCGUUAACGAAAGAGUCCGAGAAGCUCAUCAGAACAAGUCCGCUCCGGUUAUGAUGCUUUUUCCAGAAGGCACAACUACAAAUGGAGAAUACUUGCUUCCAUUUAAGACUGGUGCAUUUUUACCAAAAGCUCCGGUUCUUCCGGUAAUCCUACGGUAUCCAUACCAGAGGUUUAGUCCUGCCUGGGACACCAUAUCCGGAGUACGACAUGUGAUUCUUCUGUUUUGUCAGUUUGUAAAUCAUUUAGAAGUUACAAGACUUCCAGUUUACUGCCCUUCACAAGAGGAAAAGGAUGAUCCAAAGCUUUAUGCUGAUAAUGUUCGGAAGCUGAUGGCUGACAAGGGUAAUUUGAUAAUGGCGGACAUUGGUUUGGCAGAAAAACGAGAAUAUCAUGCUGCUCUCAAUGGUAAUAAUAGCCUGCGUACUGUUUUGCAUCAGAAAGCCGAAUGAUAAUUUCAUGGCAUGGCUUUCAAAAGAUAUUUUAGGUUACUUAGUUCUUGUUAGGACUGAAUUUGGAAUAUACAGCAGUUCAAGGGUGGAGAUUGCACCUAGUAAAACAAGAAAAUUGUUGUUUGGGGUUUACCAACCAAUAACAAGUAUUGUGUGCGAUUAUAGCUCUGUAAUAUUAUAAUAAAAUGAAGCUCCAUAGUGACCAUAUUUCGAUGUUUUUUAGCGGGUAUCCCAGAAGUGGAGCUCCAGCAUUAUUUUAGCACUGUGGCCUUUUUCUCUU